ACAACCAACAUCACAUUAAUCCCACAACCUUCUUCUCUCAAUCAUCCAUUGCAAUGGCUGCUACUUCAGUCUUCAUGGCAACCCCCGUUGCACGUCUCACCACCACCUCUUCUUCAUCUAGAAGAAGCCUCAACUUUGCUGUCGUCAGAUGCACGUCACAAGAUCAACAGCCUUCAACCGACACUUCCAAAUCUCCAGCCACACCUACUCCGCCACCAAUUAACACUCCGCCUCCGCCACCACCGGCGCCGAAGGUCAGUACCAAGUUUUCCGACGUGUUGGCGUUCAGUGGGCCUGCACCGGAGAGGAUCAACGGAAGGUUGGCGAUGAUAGGGUUUGUGUCGGCGUUGGCGGUGGAGUUAAGCAGUGGUCAAGAUGUGUUAUCUCAGAUCUCCAACGGUGGUGUGCCGGUGUUUCUAGCGACGAGUUUGGUGCUGUCGGUGGCGUCGUUGGUGCCGUUGUUUAAAGGGGUGAGAGCGGAGUCGAAGUCGAGUGGGUUGAUGACGUCGGAUGCAGAACUGUUGAAUGGGCGGGUUGCGAUGUUGGGUUUGGUGGCUUUGGCUAUCACCGAGUAUGUCAAAGGCAGUGCCCUUGUAUGAUGAAUUCUUAAAAAAAAAACAGUGCUACAAGAAAUAUUUUUUGAAGUUUGUGAUACUUUUAAGCACAAUGAAAGUUUAAUUGUAUCGAGUUAGGAUGGAAAUGUUGGUAGAUAUGUACUUUUUAAGCUUGUAAGUAUGUGUGUAAAUGAUGAAAUGUUUUGAUUUAUGAAUAUUAAUUGUUCAUCAAUAA